GCACCGAAUGAGAAUGCUUCUAGAAACCCGUGCCGUUUCUAGCCCGUAGUGUUGCAUCAGGCCGGCCCAGUCUCGAGAUUGGAUAGUCGCACACAUAUAAGUCUGCGGCUUAUAAUACAUCGGGAGACAAGCAUCGUGAGUUCGAUGGAUAGGCCAGAAUCUAUCAUACAUCUAUACCGAAAUGGAAAUGGGUAGCGUUACAGAUGCAAGUAAUUGGCGCAAGAGCCCUUCCCCUGGAAAUGAGGCUCAAGAAAAGUAUCAAUGUCCUCGCUGUCCUAGCAGCUUCAAACGACCCGAGCACCUCAAGAGGCAUCAACGCAGUCACGACGGCCACAAGCCGUUCGUCUGUUCCAUCUGCUUGAAGCGAUUCUUUAGGAGUGAUAUUCUAACCCGCCACGAACUGAUGCACAUCGCCGCCCAGAGAAACAGCCACGUCUUGAAUCGAAAACGGGCCUGCACAGAGUGUGCGAGAGCGCGAGAAAGGUGUUCGAGGGAUGAGCCUUGUCUGAGAUGCUCAACCAAGUCUCUUCAGUGCUUUUAUCCCGACGAUACAUCGCAAAGGUCUCAUUCCUUCGGCAACGAGUCCUCAGCUGCCUCUGGGAGCGAACAGGGACAGAUCGAGGACUACCACCGAUAUGAAUCCCAGUGUUUGUCGAUGCACCCCAAACAAGAAAACUUUGCAACAACAUCAGCAUCAAACCUUGUUCAAAGGAAGUCCGUUAAUGAAGACGACGGCCCGCUUCGCGAAUUCAUACGCACACUAAGGUCCCCGGUUGGCCCGUCCUUCAUGACGGAUGCAGACCGUCCGUCAAACUUACCCUUCAAACCCUCUAUUUUCCACCAAGACCAUCAAUCAUCCGUUUCAUCGCUUGCUACGCUGAGCGGCAUAGCAGGCGAGCCCGGUGGUUUCGAUCACAGGAGACUCAAGGCGGCGAGUCGUCAAGCCUCUCUGUUUGAUCAGCCGGGAAAUUCUCCCUUCGCACGCGCGGGCAUCCACGACCCAAUCAACCUCGGCGAAGGUCCUUUUGGACAAGCGCUGGGGGUUGGUGAAUAUUCCAAUCUCUGCCCCUCGCCCAUAGCCGUACCUGCUGAGCCGCCUUUCGACUUCCAUCCCGAGGCUCCAUUAGGCCCGUCGUCCGAAAUGGGGCCUGGGACAAGGGUUAGCGGUAAUAUCGACCCGUUUUUGCCCAUGCGUGCCGGUGGACAUGGCGUGGUCGAUCUCUCGGAAGCUAGUGCCCUUGCUCCGACGACGACCCCAACGACAACGAGUGCAGGGGCGGCACCGUUGUCGGGAUUGUUGUCUAUGUCUGAUUUCAGGUCCAGACCUAUCAACCUCAAAGCGUACGAAGUGAUUGCAAGUAAUUUCAAAGAGUUGUCGCUGGAGUUUGGAAGAGCGACCUCGUCGACUCACAGUAAUGAUAUUUCGGAGUCCCAGCGCACUGCUCAGCACGAACUGCUUGUGAAACUAUACUACGAGCACUUCAAGCAGCAGGCUUAUUGAAACCGGGUUUGCCCGGUUGUGGGGGCGGGGGAGGCACGCACUUGUGCCGCUACGAGCGCGGGAGCUUAAGCUUGCCUGGGGUAAGAGUUUCGUAGCUCCUGUCAAGAGCCGCGAACCGGCGGCCAGAGGCGAGCGAAACCUCUAUCCCUGCUACAGAGCCGCAUUUGGAGAGAGCAUCAAUGGUGUGGUGUUACAACACGGGUUACUUCGCAUGGUGCUGGGUUAUGGACGCACAAGCACAAGGCUAUUUCCGAAUUGUUUGCCCCCCCCUGGUUUCGAGCAUUCUCCAGCCUCGCUCGUGCAGAUAGGUAGCCUGCUUCAGGUAGUCCAUGCACGAAGGAGGCAAUUCUGGAUAUAAUAUAUACCUGUGGAACAUACGAAAGAUCGAGGUAUCCAGGUAGGUACCUAACUCAUUUUCUUACAAUCCUUGGGCUAGGUCCGAAGGAGUUGUUGGUAUUGA